AUGUCAGCCCACAAGAUGGCGAUGCCUACAUGCAGGGUUGCUCCAUUGCUCACUAACAUGGAAGAGGAAGUUGGGUCACCCGAGGAUAAACAAUUUAAAUACUUCUCUGAUCCUGUACUCAUUCCCAAAGACAGCAAUAUUUUAUCUGUAGAAGUCAUUGACAGGAUUGAGACUGCCGUGGCAGGAGGGAAAGUGGUGGAAGUGGUCUCUAUAGUUAAAGAGAUUGUACAGAAAGUAUCUAGAACCACGAUAAAAAUCGCUGUGACUGGGGACUCUGGCAAUGGCAUGUCAUCUUUCAUCAAUGCUCUUAGGCUCAUUGGACACGAGGAGGAGGAUUCAGCUCCCACUGGGGUGGUGAGGACCACCCAGGAACCAGCCUGUUACUCCUCCUCCAACUUUCCCUAUGUGGAGCUGUGGGACCUGCCUGGCUUAGGGGCCACAGCCCAGAGCGUGGAGAGCUACCUGGAUGAGAUGCAGAUCAGCACCUAUGACCUCAUCAUCAUCAUCGCUUCUGAGCAGUUCAGCUCAAAUCAUGUGAAGCUGGCCCAAGCCAUGCAGAGCAUGAGAAAGAGGUUCUAUGUCGUCUGGACCAAGCUGGACAGGGACCUCAGCACGAGUGCCCUCGCCGAACCCCAGCUACUGCAGAGUAUCCAAAAGAAUAUCAGGGAGAAUCUCCAGAAUGGUCAGGUGAGGGAACCCCCCAUAUUCCUGGUAUCUGUCAUGGAGCCUGAAUUUCAUGACUUCCCAAAGCUUAGAGAGACGCUACAGAAAGACCUCACUGUCAUCAAGUACGAUAGUCUCUUAGGAACCCUUUACCAAACCUGUGAGGAUACUAUCAAUAAGAAAGUAGAAUCCAUUAAAAAGAGCAUAGAUGCAGAUAACCUACAAAAAGAGUUUGGAAUCUCGAAUCCAGAUAACCCGAUGGAGAGUCAGAGAGUCUUCCAAGAAAUCUUAGGUGUGGAUGAUGAAUCUCUCCGUCAGGUGGCUCUGAAAAUGGAAAAGCCAGAUACAUAUUUCAGCAUGGACUCUAAGGGGUUACAGAGGUACCAACAAGAUAGCGGGCCAUUGGUUUUGUGGUAUGACUCUAGUACGCGUUUUUUCUCUACAUCUCUUGACUACAUUGUAUGCUGUUUUUUCUCUUCUAACAGAAGGUACAGACAACAGAAAAGUAUACUUCAUGAAACUGCUGGCAAAGCCAAGUACAUUCUGAGGAAAAUCCUGAAAGAGUCCAUUUCUCAUCCUUAGGAAGGUCUAGACAACUGAGGCCUUCUCCCCAGCCCUAUACCCAAUGUGUACACCCAGUUGAGCUACCCCCCCCCAUGGGAUUCAAGUUCCUUGAGGUUAAUAGGCUGACUUUCUGAAUGGGUAUCCCUCUCAUGAAGCACCAUCAUAGAUUUUGCUUUGUACCAUUUGUUUGGUUUUCCUAACUGAACUAACUAUCUGAGAUCCCAAUAUAGGAGAAAUUUCCCUUUUCUAAUUGCUCAGAAUUUCACGUUUGACACAUGCUCACCUUAGUGCUUACAAUUAAUAUAGUUCCUCUUAGAGGCCUCUUGGUUUGCCCAUGUCUCUUUUCUCUCUUUUUUCCCCUGACUCUGGAGAUGGAGUAUCCCUUAAGGGAUGGGGAAGAGCUUGUCUUUGGCUAUUGUCUGAAAAGCAAACCUGUUCUCUGACCUCUCCUCUGAUCUGUAAAGAGAGGGGCGUUAACUCUGGAACUACUAGUAAUGGAAUUCACACAAUGCUAAACAGAAGGAUUCUCCGUACCCUGCACUACCCUGGAUGGUGUCAGUGGUGUCAUGACUUGUCAUGACACCUCAACUCUGUUCUCCCAGUCUUAUAUCGGACCUCAACUUCUUCAGCCUCCCCUAACUCAGCAGGCCACACCCCAUCCAGACACACAGGGACCCUUCUGCCUUCCCCAUGGAGCUCUUCCAUUUCAAUCUGUUUGUGUGGCUUUGUGUUUGUUUAAGACAGGUGGCACUCCGUGCUCUGUCAUGUUCCUUUCUCUCAGUCUUGCUCUUGAUAGACAUCAGUACUGCCAGCUCGACUUCUCUAACAGUCUCUGACCUCUGACCUCCCUUUCACCUCUUUGAUAGAACGCUAAAUGCUUUCUCACUUCCAACCACUACCAGUGUCACACGGGAACAUUUAGUUUGGGCUCAUCGUUUGCCAGUACAGCCCAUCACAGCUGAGAGUCAUCACAGUGGGAGCACGGAGGAGCUGGUCCCGUGUGUUCACUGUCAGGAAGCAGAGAGAUGAAUAGGGUUCUUUGGCACACUUUCUCCUUUUCCUUCAGCCCAAGACCCAGCCUAUAGAAUGAUUCCAUCCACAUUCAGAGUGGGUCUUCCAACCUUCAUGAACCAAGUCUAGAAACUCGUUCACAGAUAUGCCCAAAGGUCUCCUUCCAUAGUGAUUCUAGAUCCUGCCAAACUGACAACCAAUAUCAACCACACAGGCACUCAGGGUAUUUAGGAGUUUUAUUGAUCAAUAGUGGGAAGAAGGUUGGGUGUGGCUUAGUAGUACAGUGUUUUCCUAGCACAUGGAAGGCUAUGGUUCUGAUACCCAGAAAGAAAUAGAAUCUGUUUUGAAAUGGAAGCAAAACGCCUAUUGUAUUUGUUGAGAAAAAAAUGCACCAACUCUAUCAUCUUUCUGAAACAAGCACUUUACAAAAAAGCAUCACUUACAUGUAAAAGGGGCGUCAGGAUAGAAUGGACUAAGAAGUCUUAUGGUGGUGGGAUUGAGGAUGAACCAAGUCCUGCCAAGACUCACCUUCCACCUGCUCGUUCUUUUGUUAAUGUGGUUCCACGGAGUCACAGGAAAGGUCUGCCAAGAAAUCCCAGAGGUUUCGUUUGUUGUUCUUAUGAUGUACAUGUGUACUCAAAUACUUCUUGAGGUCACGUUUGUGGCACAGAUGCUGCUCCUGUAUGUUGACUGUAAGAAAGCCAGCUUGCUCUUUUACAGCUCUUCUGAGGUAUAUGUGUUGGUCACAGGGACUCUCACCUGGCCCCAGCAGACUGUGACCUCACUGUUAGGCAGGCUGGAGAAGCUGGGUGUGAAUUCUCUCUGUGUCUUAGAUCGUAGACACAGAUUUUCUCUUUGCUGGUUGUAUGUACAUACCUGUCUAUAUACAGACACAGAAAGAUAUGUACACAGAUAUUAUAUAUUAAUCAUAUACAUGUAUUGCACGUAACAUAAAUGUAGUGUUAAUCUUUAUGACAGAAUAAAUAAUCACAGUAUAUUAUAUAA